CGAGGUGUGAGGAUGCGACUCUGCUUAAGAUGUUGGACCACCAAACAAUAAAAACAAGAAAUACAUUCAGUGGCAAAAACUGAUACAGGUUAAAAUCCCAAGACAUUUUCUGAGAGUAUGUUGAAAGCUUUGAUUGGAAUCUGCACCCUUCACCUUACAACCAUCUUUUUACUUUUUUGGGCUACUAUUGAUGAUGCCUGGUGGUUUACCAGAACCCAGUACACAGACCUAUGGGGGAGAUGGGUGAUGGAGAAUGAUGAUGAUGUCUGGAUAUACGUGGACAUUCCAACUUCCUACCGAAAAGAUUAUCUGCAAGCCGUGCAGGCAUUUGUCGUGCUGGCCUGCCUCUUUGCAGUCGUCUCCCUGUGUGUCUUCCUUUUUCAACUCUUUACACUAGGGAAAGGAAAGAGGUUCACAAUUUCUGGUAUCCUGCAGCUCACCUCAUGCUUCUGUAUUAUGGUGGCACUUGUGAUCUACACGGACCACUUCCAUAGAGACGAGGAAGAUGGCUGGUACGGCUGGUCAUACAUCAUGGCCUGGUUCAGCUGGAUACUUACUCUCAUCAAUGGUGUCAUCUAUGUCAUCCUGCGCAAGAGGGUGGAAUAAACCCCAGAGAACACCAAUACGAUUACAGGAAUGUGGAAUCUGAAAAUGCUAACAUUGCUCAUAACCAAUGAAAGCUAGAUAAUGCUAUUUAGCAACUGAGGACAAGCCAUCAGGUUUAAUUUACCAUCAGGACCUUCUAAAAACCCAUUUAGUUUCACUAUUUCUGCACAUUGACACCAGUUUGUCGUCGGUCUCAUUAGAAUUUUAAACUAGCUUGUUUCUUGUAAAAUAUUAUAUCCGAACAGACUUAUUCUAGGACAACCUGAACUCAAACAUUCAUUGUAAGACUAUGAUUAGAACUAGAUCAAAUCAUAGAAGAUACGCUUAACAC